ACAACAGUGGAGGAGCUGAGAGAAGAGAGAACAGGGAUCCCGUUGCCACCUCAACAUGGAGUAGCUAGACCCGAGCGUUYUGCUGCCGACGAGCGGGUUCCGURGGAAGGGAAUACCCGGCGCCCUGUCUUUAAUUUACCACCCGAAACCCACGCAAAUGAUACAGCGGCCAUUUUUCGCAAAGUCGAAGAAAAGUCCGGCUUUUAUUUGAAAGAUGGCGAACGAGUCUCCGGCUAAAAGUCUGGUAGACAUAGACUUGGCUUCAUUGCGGGACCCAGCUGGGAUUUUUGAGCUGGUGGAGGUAGUUGGAAAUGGCACCUAUGGACAAGUAUACAAGGGACGCCACGUCAAGACUGGACAGCUGGCUGCCAUCAAAGUCAUGGACGUCACAGAGGAUGAAGAGGAGGAAAUUAAACUGGAGAUUAAUAUGCUAAAGAAAUAUUCCCAUCACAGAAACAUAGCCACAUAUUAUGGUGCUUUCAUUAAAAAGAGCCCCCCAGGACAUGAUGACCAACUAUGGCUGGUGAUGGAGUUCUGUGGUGCUGGUUCGAUCACAGAUUUAGUGAAGAACACUAAAGGGAACCAGUUAAAGGAAGACUGGAUCGCCUACAUCUCCAGAGAGAUCCUCAGAGGUCUGUCACACUUACAUGCCCACCAUGUGAUUCACCGCGACAUAAAAGGCCAGAACGUCCUGCUGACUGAGAACGCUGAAGUUAAACUCGUGGACUUUGGUGUGAGUGCUCAGUUGGACCGGACCGUGGGCAGGAGAAACACCUUCAUUGGCACUCCAUAUUGGAUGGCUCCCGAGGUCAUCGCUUGUGACGAGAACCCAGAUGCUACGUAUGACUACAGAAGUGAUUUAUGGUCUUGUGGUAUCACAGCGAUUGAAAUGGCUGAAGGAGCACCACCUCUUUGUGACAUGCACCCCAUGCGUGCGCUCUUCCUCAUUCCAAGAAACCCCCCUCCGAGGCUCAAAUCCAAAAAAUGGUCCAAAAAGUUUUUUAGUUUCAUUGAGAACUGUCUGGUGAAGAACUACACCCAGCGCCCGCCGACCGACCAGCUACUGAAGCACCCCUUCAUCCGGGACCAGCCCAACGAGCGGCAAGUUCGCAUCCAACUCAAGGACCACAUCGACCGGACCAAGAAGAAGAGAGGAGAGAAGGACGAGACAGAGUACGAGUACAGCGGCAGCGAGGAUGAGGAAGAAGACCCCCCAGAGCAGGAAGGAGAGCCGAGCUCUAUCGUCAAYGUGCCAGGUGAGUCAACUCUGCGCCGCGACUUCAUCCGUCUGCAGCAGGAGAACAAGGAGCGGUCAGAGGCACUACGUCACCAGCAGCUCCUCCAGGAGCAGCAGCUCAGAGAACAAGAGGAGUACAAGCGCCAACUGCUGGCCGAACGGCAGAAACGCAUCGAGCAACAGAAGGAGCAGAGGAGGAGGCUAGAAGAGCAACAAAGGCGUGAACGUGAGAUGAGGAGGCAACAAGAGCGUGAGCAGCGUCGCCGUGAGCAAGAGGAGAAGAGGCGCAUGGAGGAGAUGGAUCGCAGACGUAAAGAGGAGGAGGAACGCAGACGAGCCGAGGACGAGAAGAGGAGGAACGACCGCGAGCAGGAGUACAUCAGACGUCAGCUGGAGGAGGAGCAGCGACACCUGGAGAAGCUGCAGGAGCAGCUCCUCCGUGAGCAGGCCAUGCUGCUGGAGUUCAAGUGGCGGGAGCUCGAGGARCAGCGCAAAGCUGAGCGACUCCAUAAGCGGCUGCAGCAGGAGCAGGCCUACCUGCUGUCGCUGCAGCACGAGUCCAAACAGCAGCCUGGUGACGAGACCAAAGUCCCCUCAGACCAAAGCAAACCUCCAAAGACCUCCACUCUCCCCCCUGACAGAACCCACACCUCAUCCCCACACGCUCAGGUUGUUGACUCUGCUGUUUGCGAGUCCUCCAAAGCCUCUCAGGUCGCCCCCGCAGAGAGCACCAAGUCCCAGACAGCAGUCCAAGAGAAGACUGAUGAGACCAACCUGAUCUCAUGCUCCCCCAUUCCCCCCAGUCCCCCUGUGACUGAAGCCCCCACUGACUCUGAACCUCCGCAGGCAGAAAGUUCUGAGGCUGACAGGCCCCCGGAGCCCRUCAGUCACCUCCCUCAGCCUAUCAGAGAGGCUGACGAACGCUUCCGCAAGAACAUCCUGGGCUCCCCUCAAACUGCCCCUCCUCCCAAGCAGCCCCCUCUGCCUCCCCGCUCCUCUGAACCCUACUCCAAUGGGGGGUCCUCAUCUGAGGCCUCCGCCAUGCACCGACCCAUGGAACCCCAGGUCCAGUGGUCACACCUGGCCGCUCUUAAGAGCAGCAACAGCGCCGCUCCCUCUCCUCCUCCUCCUGCUCCUCCGCCCGUGGUCUCUCGCUCCCAGUCCUUCAGCGAGUCCGGCGGCAUGAGCUCUAACUUUGCACAGCUGCACCUGCGCUCCCAGGACCCCCACCAUCACCACGCACGCCCCGACCCCCAACCCCAACCCCCCCUUCACCACCCUCAGUCUCAGACCCGCCUCGAGCGCCAGGCCAGCAGCGAGGAGGUCCCCCCAAAGGUACCAGUGAGGACAACGUCCAGGUCUCCAGUUCUGUCACGUCGAGAGUCCCCCCUGCCGGCACAGCCCAGCAGCCAGAGAACCGCAGGCGGUAACGUGGAGCAGCGCCCCCUGUGGGACCGAGUGGAAAAGCUGCAGUCUCGGCCCGGCAGCGGCAGUUCCUCUGGCUCCAACUCCAGCUCCCAGGCCAGUCCUGCUGACCGCUUCAGGCCCCGUUGUGAGUCCCCCGCUUCCUCUAAAUCUGAAGGAUCGCCUUUCCAGCGGCCUGAAAACGUGCAGAAAAAACAAGAGGAGAAGAACGCCUCCAGGCCCACUCGACCAGCUGACUUGACGGCUUUAGCCAAAGAGCUGCGCGCCGUGGACGACGUGCGGCCCCCUCACAAGGUGACGGACUACUCUUCAUCGAGCGAGGAGUCGGGCACCACCGACGAGGAGGACGAGGAGGAGGUGGACCAGGAGAGAGGAGAGGAGUCCACCUCAGGAGCUGAGGACUCCAGAGCUGGGAAGCUGAGUAAUGGAGAGACGGAUUCAGCCAAGACCAUGUUGGUGGAAGACUCUGAGAGCGAACAAGCCAGGACGCCCUCCAAGGAAGGAACCUUGGUCAUUAGACAGAGCACAGCUGACAUAAAGCGGUUGGUCAGUCUCUCCUCGCCCGCUUCUGCUCACGGCCUCCCGGAGAAAAACGGCCUCUCUGGCUUCAUACACCACCUGCCAGACCUCAUCCAACAGAGCCAUCACUCCCCGUCCUCCUCCACAGCCAUCCUCUCCUCCAUCACCAACUCUUCCUCCUCUUACUCCUUCCCCUCAUCAUCUAGCCAGCCCAGUCUGGCCUUGUCCUCACAGAUCCCUUUGGACGAGCUCAGUCCCAUGGAGUCGCAGUCAGAGAGCAACUCCAUGUCCAAACACAAGUCUUCCUCAUCGUUUACUCCCUUCAUCGACCCCCGUCUUCUCCAGAUCUCUCCAUCCAGCGGCAGCUCCCUCAACAACAUGGCAGCGUUYGGGCAGGAAGGACGGCUCGCGGACCCGCUCAGGUCCGACCCCUCCCGUAAAGGUUCCGUGGUCAACGUCAACCCCGUGAACACGCGCCCGCCCAGCGACACGCCCGAGAUCCGCAAGUACAAGAAGAGGUUCAACUCUGAGAUCCURUGUGCAGCGCUGUGGGGAGUGAAUCUGUUGGUGGGGACAGAAAGCGGUCUGAUGCUGCUGGACCGAAGCGGUCAGGGGAAGGUCUACCCCCUGAUCAGCCGACGGCGCAUCCAGCAGAUGGACGUUCUGGAGGGACUCAACGUCCUGGUCACCAUAUCAGGUAAAAAGAACAAGCUGCGAGUGUAUUACCUGUCGUGGCUCAGAAACAAGAUUUUGCACAACGACCCGGAGGUGGAGAAGAAGCAGGGCUGGGUCAACGUGGGCGACCUGGAGGGUUGUGUCCACUAUAAAGUUGUCAAGUACGAGAGGAUAAAAUUCUUGGUCCUGGCCUUGAAGAGCUCUGUGGAGGUUUAUGCCUGGGCGCCAAAACCCUACCACAAGUUCAUGGCGUUCAAAUCUUUCGGUGACCUGGUGCACAAACCUCUGCUGGUGGACCUGACAGUAGAAGAGGGCCAAAGGUUAAAGGUCAUCUACGGCUCCUCCUCAGGCUUCCAYGCUGUGGACGUGGACUCCGGUGCGGUCUACGACAUCUACCUGCCCACACACAUCCAGACGAGCAUCCAGUGCCACGCCAUUAUCAUCCUCCCCAACACUGACGGGAUCGAGCUGCUGGUGUGCUACGAGGACGAGGGCGUCUACGUCAACACCUACGGACGGAUCACCAAGGACGUGGUGCUGCAGUGGGGAGAAAUGCCGACUUCAGUGGCCUACAUUAGGUCGAACCAGAUCAUGGGCUGGGGUGAGAAGGCCAUAGAGAUYCGCUCGGUGGAGACAGGACAUCUGGACGGGGUCUUUAUGCACAAAAGAGCCCAGAGACUCAAAUUCCUUUGUGAGAGGAACGACAAGGUCUUCUUUGCUUCUGUGCGCCAAGGAGGGGCCAGCCAGGUGUAUUUUAUGACCCUGGGACGCUCCUCCCUGAUGAGCUGGUAGACGACGCAGUGAUGAGCCUUUGAGCCUGCGCUCAGGGUGAACAAACCCCAGACYGGACUGUAAUCACCACAAAACAAGUUCAGAACGGACAGAGGCGCGYUCCGUUCUUUUCUGUGCCCGACCCUUUGAGCCGACCUCCCCCCCCUCUUCGGUGUUAUCUGAGGGGGUGUGGUGUCUGUUGAUCUUUGUGUCAUAGUUAAAAAGAAAAAAAAAAAAAAAACAAAGCGUUGCAUCCUGUAUGUGAAUAACAAAGCGUGUUUGUUCAAACAGCUGAAUCAAGGCGGGGGGGAUGACUAAUUACUUGACGUGCCACAACGUGAGCGUAGCUGUGUUUAGUUCCGGCCCUGUCCAGGUCUUCACAUCAAAGCGUGUCGCGACAACGCUUAGUUCACCACCCCCRCCGCCCGCUGCCACCCGAUUGGUGCUUGAUGUGUAAAUCUGCCUCCGUGUCUUCACUUCUUCUGCCUUCACCGCCCUAAAGCAAAGACUCCUCUUAUUUUUUUUUAAGGGACCGUCUUGAUUUGUGAUUUGUCCGCUAACCACGGGGUGCUGCACGUCAGCUCGUACGAACUUCAAAUCUCCGCAGGUUUUCCCAGAAUCCCCGCCUCUCGGGGCGGGAAGUUUUGCAUCUCCUAUUGACGACAGCAUGACAUCUUUUUGUGUUAAAAACAAAAUUGAACCUUGUUUUUUUUUUAAUACACUGUAACUCUUGAUGCAUAAUGAAUAAGCCGCAACACGAGACGAGCUGCGAAGGAAGAAAAAACUUUUUUUUUUAUUGUUUGUAGGGCUUUAAUUCUGUCACGGUGUUGGUGUUUUUCUGCAAAUACACAACUAGAGAAAUGUGAGAUUUAUCAGCCUGGAUUUUUUUUUCCUUUAACAUUAGCUCUUAUUAGGACAAACUGUGAAUUAGCUGACGGCCAUUAAGGUAGCAUGGUGUUUGGAUCUCACCAACCAGAGGAUCAAAUAACUUUUUCUUUUUUUUCUCCUCUGCACAAUCUGUCAUCAAUCAGGUCUGAAGGAGUUUUUUUUUUUCUUUUUCUUUGCGUAACGUGUAGCUAAACUGUUGCCUUAGAAGGGUCUAGAUGAUUAAAACGUUUUUUUUUUGUUUUUUUUUUUGCAAAAUCCAAAAGUGAAGACAUUUGGAUGUGGUGUACUGUAGGAACACUUUAGUCUCAAACAGCCUCAUGGCUCAACGUUGGACCUCUUCUUUUUUGACACUUGGUGUAGUUUACAAAACCCAGUCCAGUCAAAGACACCCGACCUUAACUAUCCUUGAGUAUUCUCUCUCUCUCUUUUUAAAAUAUCACCUAAAUGACAAAGCAAGGCCUGAUCGCCACAUUUUAGACCAUUUCAAUCCAAUGUGAUCUGUAGCAAUCAGCUACGUUUUAACUCUUCGCUGUCUGAAAGUGGAUCUAAACGACACGCCUCACCUUUACCGUGUUAGAGAACCUCUUCAGACGUAGUGAACUAAGCAGCAUUCUUAUAAAAAUCAAGUUUUUAGUCUGCAAUUUUUAUUGAGUUUUUUUUUUUAUUGUGUUUUCUUUCAGACAGGUAUGCAACUGCAGUGGUUUUUAUAUUCUAAUGCACACCUUAUGUUCAAAAUGUUUACAGAAACAAUUGUUUUGUUACACCAAUGUGCGUCGAUAUUAAUAUUUAUGGUUUAUUUUGAGGGCAGUUUCUCUCCCCCACCCCCACCACUGUUUUUGUAUUUUGUAUUCUACCCUUUUUUUGUACUAUCAUUUAGACAUUUAUUUUUUCGUGCGGAGAUAAUCCACUUUUGCUCAGUAAGUCCACAGCGGGCCCCUGUCCCUGUGGCAGCAAAUGUUUCCCACCACCCAGGUAAUGUUUCCCCAUAAAUGUCUCUCUUUUCCACGCCUCUAAUUUAUGUCCUCUCUGUGUGAAUUAUGAGAAUUGCUGUAUUUUCCUGAAGGUCUUUUUGUUUUUUUUCCCCUUCAUUGAAUAAAAUCCACUUUAAUUUACA